AAUCAAAUAGACAAAGUAGAAGACAUGCCAGACUGUGCCUCGCCAUCACAAUCACAGAGACAGGCGUUGUACAUUAUCAAUAUAGUGAUCGCUGCACUAUCUGUGAUUGGUAGUCUGCUCACAAUUACGUUCUAUCUUUACAGGCGAUAUAAUGAGUACUUGGUGGACAAGGCCGCUGCAGCCAACAACCCAUCAACAUCAUCCACGUCAAAUAACAACAAGAAUGACUCGAUGCAAUAUAUGACUGCGACGCAUACACAUUCAACUGGCGGUGGUGGCAGCAGCAGCAACAGCAGCAGCCAUGGAUCAACAACCACACCUUAUAACAAUAGAAAUACAACAUACUCUCGACUACCAUUCUUGGUGUUCAUGCUGGCAGUGUCUGAUCUAUUCUCAUCGAUUGAUAUCAUUGCCUCAACUGGAUACCUGCUCAGCGACAUGAGGGACUACACAAAGACCGUGCAUAUAUUAGGAUUCUACCUAUCACCUUGUAUAUUCCUUCGAGCCAACAUCCAAUUCUGGUACCUUUCCACAUUCUUUUGGACUGCAUGUAUAUCAUUCUAUCUCUACACUCAACUUGCAUCGCCAGUUCAUGAUCAAAAUCCACAUCUCUUAAAGAUAUUCUCUGGAAUUGCACUUGGUAUAUCAUUUGUGAUCACUUCAUCAUUGGUAUUCUCCAACUCAAUAGUUGUUACAUCAUCUGGAUGGUGUGAACUUAAAUGGGUACAAGAGAUAUGUUUAUGGUUCGUACCAUUGACAUUGUGUAUGAUUAUAUGUAUAUUCUAUUACAUUCGUUUAAAGAGAUUAUUCCGUGAGAAGUUCCAAUCAAGACUUGGUAUCAAUGAUCGUUUAAGACAUAUUGACAUUACAAUUACAACUAGACUGGCAAUGUAUAUUCUUGUAUUUAUAAUCAUUUGGUUCCCAGACAUUAUACAGCACAUCAUCGAGUUUGCUACUGGAUGUAGACUCUAUCCACUCCUAGUCUUUGAGAGUAUCCUAAUACCAUCACAAGGUAUUUGGAACUUCUGGGUAUACUCAUACACGACACAGAUUAUACAUAUGAGGAAGUCAGAGGAGACCAAGCGUCUACUUGGUGGA